GGCGGGCGCGCUCAGUAUGUGUCAUGCUUCGCGAUCGAGCGUGUUGUCCGUGAUGGCGGCCCGAGUGCGGUUGAAGAUGCGCUGCGGCACCGGCGUGUCGCCGCUCGCCGUUCUCCUCGCGAUGUGCGCUGUAUUGGGUCCUGCCAGUGGGAUGUUCGAGCACCGACACUGCGAUCACCAGCAUCCACGGGCACACGAGAUAAUUCGCGACGUACACAUCGAGCCAGCGCACGAAGUAAAGAAACGUAGCAUCAGCCAGCCAGUACGCAUUCUGCUAUCUUACGACGAGAGCGUCUUCAGGUUGGACGACGAGAAGCUGGAUCUCAUUAACAAUACUAUCCUACCUGAAGCUGUGCAUUUUUGGGAACGAGCAUUGAUGGUGCGAGAGACGAAGAGUACUAUCAGAUUGAACAGGAAAUGCGAGAGUAGUCAAGUUUUCGUCAAGGACCACCACACACACUGUAUAGAUACUUGCCGUCCUGUUACUAUGUGCGGUGAAGUACGCGUCCCGGAAGACCAUCUUGACGUUUGCAGAACGUGUAAUGCGACGGGACAUAAUUGUGGAAUAGCUAAAGGAAGUAAAGCUGGUCCGGGAAUCGACGGUGCCGAUUUUGUCUUUUAUGUAUCCGCCAUGCAGACUGAAAGAUGUCACAAGGGCUUAACAGUAGCCUACGCUGCUCAUUGUCAACAGGAAGCAGCCUUGGAUCGGCCGAUAGCUGGUCAUGCCAAUCUAUGCCCGGGAAGCAUCAGCACGAAACCACAGGAGUUGGAAACGUUGCUCAGCACCGUUAAACACGAGAUCCUGCACGCUUUAGGAUUUUCUGUGAGCUUAUACGCUUUCUAUAGAGACGAGAAUGGUGAGCCCAGGACGCCUAGAAGAAGCGAUACUGGAAAACCACCCCUUAAUGAAAAGUUACAAACGCACCAGUGGAGCGAGAACACGAUCAAAACCGUGGUCAGGCCUCGCUGGCAAGUGCAUGGCGGUUACGUGGAGAGGACGAUGCGAAUGAUAGUCACGCCUCGGGUCCGCGCCGAGGUUCAAGCGCACUUCAAUUGCUCGGAACUCGAGGGUGCAGAAUUGGAAGACCAGGGUGAGGAUGGCACAGCUCUAACACAUUGGGAGAAACGCGUAUUCGAGAAUGAAGCCAUGACAGGAACACACACGCAAAAUCCAGUUUACUCGAGGAUAACGCUCGCUCUUAUGGAAGAUACCGGUUGGUACAGCGCCAACUAUUCCAUGGCGCAAGAGCUAGGCUGGGGGAAAAAUCUGGGAUGCAACUUCGCUAUGAAAUCCUGCAAGGAAUGGAUAUCUACCAAAUAUCAGCCGUUACCAGGAAAAUCGAUACAUCCUUUUUGCAACAAAGUGAAACAGGAUCCGUUGCAGACCGAAUGUACGGACGAUCGGAGAUCAGUGGCCUUGUGUAAUCUGGUGAAAUAUUUGCAGCCACUGCCCAAGAAAUACCAAAACUUCGAUUCAAUUCCCCACGUACCAUCGGGAGAGGAACAAUACUACGGCGGGUCGGUAUCUCUGGCGGAUUACUGUCCUUACAUACAGGAAUUCACGUGGAGAGCGCGGAAUAUAGUAGUCAGAGGUUCUCAUUGUCUUUACGAGGAGAAUAAUCCGCACCCAGACAAGAAUUUCGCAUUAGAAAAAUACGGUCCUAAUUCGAGGUGUUUUGACCAUACUAAUGACAUGUGGGAAGAGAGAACUUGCAAACAAGCACGUCAGUGGCAGCAUUGGGGCUCCGGUUGCUAUUUAUAUAGAUGCGAAGCUGGGAGACUACACAUUAUGGUCGGCAAUUAUACGUAUGCUUGUUAUCAUGCUGGACAAGAGAUUAUUAUAAGAAUUAUGCAGAAUGGCUGGUUGCAUAAAGGUGCUCUAAUUUGUCCACCCUGCCGAGAUAUUUGUGAGGCGGAAUUUAAAGAACGAAAGGAGUGGUGUAAAUCUGUAGGAAACGAACGUCCACCUUCAUAUUAUCACAAAGACUAUCUUCACUGUGCGUCCGCAGAUAGUUUUAGUUUAAGUAUAUCAACGCUUAUUAUUGCAAUGUUAUCCUUCGUCGCUAGAUGAUACACUGUCUUUGUUAGUUAAUGUUUUAACA